GACCCCGCGCUACUAGUUUCUCGACGCAAUCCUAUCACAGCCCUAGUUCAGCGGUUUCAAGCAACAUCGCCCGGUCUGGAACCCCGCUAUACUUGUCAACCAGCUUUCCCGAGUACUGGUCGUAUCCCCUAGCACCUGGUCCUCUGAACGACCGAACUGCGGAGGGCCUGUUUUUCAGGGGAUUACUGGACUUUCCCCCACUCCACUUGCCCUUCAACAGGGAGUACGUUGCUCCGCUGGCCGGAGAAAGAAAGUGCUGGAUCGUAGCUUCUACCGGUCCAUUCUUCCUUUUCCAAUGAAACUUCUAGCACCCGAGCGGUACGCCGGAGUGCUUCUGCAAGAGAAGUUGAAGAUCUAAAAUCACAUCCCUACCUGGCCCCGGCGUUCCAAGAUAGUCUCAGAAAUGAGCCGGAUGCUUUCUGCUGACAUUUUCGGAGGGGCCGCUGCAUGGGAAGCAAUGACCGGUCGCAGAGCGUAUCAAUCAGUCGUGAAUCGUCGUCUUUCCGAUCUUCUCUAGGAAGCUGGUGAAGAUAGCCCGCUUGACAGUACCCGGCGCAGAGCUCUCGGGGAUCGCGUCAAUCAUCGCGUUGAGCUUGCCAUACACCUCCGCCUCGUACUUCGCAUAGCGCUCCCGCAUGCCGAUCUCCUCGUACAGGGCCUUCACCUUGGCCUCGGCCGCAGCGUCCUUGCGUCCGUAGUUAGCAUCCAGCAGAGCCCGCUGCUCGGGUGUCGCGACUUUGAGCGCCGUGUUGACACACCACGAGCACUUGUUGUCGACGAUGUCCGUGCCGAUCUUGCCCAACACUUCUGGUGGUGCUGAAAAGUCCAGGAAAUCGUCUUGGAUCUGGAAGUAUUCUCCGAGCGGGAUGAGGAUGGACAGUGCCGUCUUAUAGGGUUCGACCGUCUUCCCGUCCACGGUGUAGCUCUGCGGCACUCCGGACAUGUACAUUGCUAGUGCGACCGGAAGGUAGAAGGAGUAGUAGGCGGUUUUGUAGAUCACAAUCAGGCUAUGU